CACUGUGCCUUCUGACACUUCUCUCCGGACAACGGCCGGAGGUGGAGCCAAGCCCGAACGGAGAACGCCGUCGUUACAUCCCCGACCUUGCCCUGCCGUGCGAGCCCAGGCCCAGCUAUGGAGCGGCGCCGGGUGCCGGCGCAGGCCGGGCGGGGCGGCGGCAGGCCCCGGCACAGCAGCAAGCGUCGAUCCGGGGCCGGCGGCGCCAGGAACGCGGCACCAGCGAGGGCCGCGGCCGCGCUCCCUUCUGGCCGUCCCCGCUCGGGCCAGGCCCGGGACUGCGCGUCCCGGCAGGAUCGGGCCGAGCCGCCUUCGGGCGCGGGGCUGCCGGGGGAGCUCGGCCGGCGGUGCUGGCUGGCGCUGCGCUCCGAGCCGCUGCCGCAGCAGCCGGACCCGCCAGAGAUCCUCUCUCCUGGUGCACUCUUGGCAAAAUUGGAGGAGCCGCUGGUGAAGAGUAAGGCACGUGGAGAUCCUCCAGCACCUUUUCUGGAUGGACAACGAUACUAUGAAAAGGGGUUGUACAAAGAAGCGUUAAAGCAAUUUGAAAAAAUCCAGGACACAGAUUUUCAAGCAAUGUAUCAGCUUGGUGUAAUGUAUUAUGAUGGACUUGGCACUAAAAAAGACCCUGGAAGGGGAGUGGGAUACAUGAAGAAAAUACUCAACUCUGAUUCCCCAGAAGCAAGUCACUUGAAGUUUGCAGCUGCAUACAAUCUUGGCAGGGCGUAUUAUGAAGGAUGUGGUGUUAAACAUUCAGCUGAAGAGGCUGAAAGGUUGUGGCUUACUGCUGCAGACAAUGGAAAUCCAAAAGCAAGUGUAAAGGCGCAGAGUACUUUAGGAAUGCUUUAUUCUAUGCCAAUUCUAAAAGAUAUGAAGAAGGCAUUUUUCUGGCAUUCAGAAGCACGUGAGAAUGGAAAUCUGGAAUCAACGGGAGCACUUGGCAUUAUGUAUCUCUAUGGACAAGGUACACAUCAAAACAGAAAAGCUGCUUUGGAAUGUUUGAGAGAAGCAACAGAACUUGGAAAUAUCUAUGCUCAAGGCCAUCUUGUGGAAUAUUACUACACUAGAAAAUUUUACUCAAAAGCUGCUGCACUAGCCAAAAGGGCUACAGCAAAUGAGGACAUCAACAUGCUAGCCAAGGUAACUGAUUGUCAUCCAACUUAUUUAGCCAAGGGGGCUGCUAUGGCUGCUUUCUACUUGGCUAGAUGCCUCCAGCUUGGCCGAGGCAUAGAGAAAAACCAGCAGGCUGCUAAGACGUACUAUUCUAAAGCAUGCUAUCUGGAUCCUGUUGUUGCUUCUCACCUUGAAUUGGCAGCUAAUCUUGGGAGAAUUUAGUGUUUCUUUUAACUGUGACUGGUAUAUAAAUAUAUUUCCUACAAU